AUGAACGAGAAGAUCGAGGUGAACAGCUCGAUGAACCUUGCUGAGGUGUCGGGCAGACCUUCUUCCGAGCCGGAGACGGACAAGGCGAUUCCUCCCAGGUUCGUAUGCCCAUGGCCUUCACUCGGGAAGUGGUGCUUGUCGUUUCUCUGGCCCAUAUUUGAUGUUGCUGUGAUAAUCGCCAUCGUCGUGACGUUCUGGCCUCGUCCUCUGAUCCCUUCCGAUCCAAAGUCGCAAAGAGCCGCCCAGGACCUCCGAGAGCUGAUCUUGAGGAAUUCAGAGACGAGAGAGAGUCGGCGAGAACUUUUCGUGCACAUCGGAGGGGUAGAAGUCACCAUGUGCACUCCAGAUGGAGUCAAUCUUUAUGGAAUGUACUUUGCGGGUUUCGGUGCUGGUGCGCAUGACGCGACGAUCAUUCGCAUGAACGGCAACGCUGAGUCGUUUCAGAUGCAGGACACUCAGCUUCCGUUGAUGUAUGCCAACUCAGGGUUCAACAUCGUCUUGUUCGACUACCGGGGCGUCGGGCGAUCGUGCUGGCGUCCAUGUUUCGGCUUCAAAUCUCUCGGUCAAUUGCUGGGAGUCUGGCGAACGAGGAAGAUUGAGGGGAACAUGUUGGAUGCCUGGACUGUCUACCAGUUUGUCACGAAGGAGCUGGGAGUUCCUCAAGAAAAGGUUGUGAUCGUGGGUCACUCGAUGGGUGGAGCUAUCUCUACCAAGAUGUGCGCCAAAUAUCAGCUGCCAUGUGCUCUGUGCAACUCAAGGUCGUUCGCUUCACUCCGUGACAUUGCCUCCAACCUUGCCCCCUCCUUCUGUAACUCACCUCCGAACACGAUGAAGGGAAAGAUUGUGAAGCAUCUAGCAUACAUGUUGCUCUGCGCUUCUGGCUGGGAGUACGACUCCCUCGUCAAUUGGAAGAAGGUGAAAGGAAGGAAGUGGAUAGAGUAUUGCCCGCUGGACCCUGUCAUCCCGUACCCAUGUUCUUUGAAGCACGCGAUCGAGAAGGAGGAUCGAGAUCGCGAUGCCGGGUUCACCGAGCUGGAUGACAUCAGGCUCGAUGACAUCAGGCUGUCCAUCACUGUGGAGAGGGUGGGAGGGCACAAGGUGUUGAGGUUGCCUCCCUUGUUAGAUUACGACAAUCACAACCGGUUGCUCACCAUGGAAGAGCUCGUGUAUCACCUUGAGAUUAUGCGAGAAGAGUUGAAUGCGCGAUAG